AUGUCGCAGCUAGUGACAGUCCCUCGGGAGGUUUAUCUUGGGGCAGUCAAAUCCUACAACGACCGCAGAGGCUUUGGAUUUGUUGCAUGUGCCUUGACUGCAGUGAAGAAUCAGAUGAUUGCAGGCCCAUUGCAGGCCAACUGUAUUGAACAAAUGUGCGUCUUUGUGCUCUUAAACGAGGUGCUGAAACCGCGGCAGAGUUUGGAAGAGAUGUGCUCCGACCUGUGCAGGGAUACUUUUGCUGCCAGCGUAAAGAGGGGGAAAGGUGUGGAAAGCGUGAAGAGGACUCGCGGGAUCUGCUCUGGCAAGGCUGCCCAGAGAAAACGCAAGGCGUAUAUACGCCAUCGCGUAGCUGAGGGGGAGGAUCCGGAGCAGGUGGCGGUGCGCCAGGGUGGCCAGGCGGAGGUGGUGUAUCCGGAGCCUCGGAGGUCGCUCAGCGAGUUGGGCUCGGUCAAUCUGGUUCCCCAGUCGGCGUUGUAUCAGCCUGUGCGUUCAGUUGGACUGGUUGAGGAGGAUAUCCCAAAGUUGCCAGGAUCGGCAAUUGUGCUGGAUUGGCAUCAGGUGGUUGGCACCGACCGCAUCACGAGUCGGCACACUGAGUGGGUGGACACUGGCUGGCAGAUUCCUCAGAGGCACAGGGCUACCUUGACUGAGUUGAGCCACCUGUGCCAGCAAUCUGAACGCCCGAUCCAUUUGGUGAUUUGCAGCCACAUUGAGUCUUCUUCUCGAAGCCUGGAGAACGUGAUUCACGCCACGGAGCAAAGCGGUCUGCCGGUGCAACUGGUCUUGAUCACGACCCAAAGGACGGGUCCAAAGGGGAAGCUUGCAGCACUUUGUUCAGUGAUCAGCGGGAAGUUUUGUUUUUUCGAAGACAGCUUGGAAAUCACUCAAGAGUUUUCUGAAGCAAGUCGACCCAUCGCACAGGUCUUGAAGCCAAGGACACGUCGAUCCCAUCUCUUGAGACAGGAGUGCAUUGGCUGGUCGAUCUCUUCCGAAGCAUUGUUGUCGACUGCAAAGCAGUUUACGCGAUAUUUUUCCAGGCAUUCGGCAGUUGUUUCAACUGGCCAUGGAGUUGGUUCAGAAUCCCAACCAUCGCAGUUGCCUUCGGAUUUUCCUUCCAGUGGGCCCCAGACUUCUGUUCACAACACCGUUGAAUAUCAUGAUCAGCGAUCCCAACAAGUGAAUGUUGGAGUAGAUCCCACGGUUUUCUCAAAUGUGGUGUCUGAAGCUCGACGGGUCAUUCAAGAAUCUGAAGAGAAAGCCCAAGGUUUGGAGCAACCAGCCCAAGAAGUUUACCAGCAAGCAUGUAGUCGCAUUCAAGAACUUGUGAAUCUUGCCGAAAGUUUGUACCCUUCCAAGUGUUCCAAGACUUCUGAGAUUGAAAGGCUUCAGAGGGAUGUCCAAUCAACCCGGGAUCAACUUCAAGUUCAAAUCAACCGCAUUCAAGCCAUGGGAUUUCAGAUUACCCAGUUUGAGUCCCAGAUGUCCAAUAUCCAGAAUUUGUUUGGUCACAAGGAUGCUGAGAUUACACGCCUGAUGUCCGAAGUUUCCCGUCUCCAAUCGAGUGAAGCCCGACUUGAGGAGAGACUGGCAGCUCUAAGCGCCGCUCCCUAUGCCGUAGCAACAAGCGUUGAGGCACAGAUGAGGCUGGGCCGAUGGCUUGCAUCAGAGCUCAUCAAAGGCGCUGAUUACUUCUCAAUCGGUAUUUUGAUAGAACUCAAUGGAUACUCAGUGGCUGAUUUGCAAGUUUUCUUCCAGCCUUAUGAAAAGUUGCAGGAGUUUCUGGUCGAGGAACGUGAAGAUGUGAAUGCCCGAUCCAUUGAGCAAUCCCGACGCAAUCCAAAGAAAGGAGAUAAGCCUAAGGCAAAGACUCCAGCAGUCCCAGCAAAGGCCUCUCCUGCCACGUCUUCUGUAGCUGCCGCAGUGAACUCUCCAAAGCCCAAAGAUGCCGCAAAAGGGCCACCCAAAAAUGCAAAGGGCAAGUCAAAGGGAAAGCUUGGAAAGCCGAUGUCGGUUGAGGAAAAGGCAAAGACUCCGUGCAUAUUCCAUCAGAUGCCUAAUGGUUGUGUUCAUGGGGAUAAAUGCCGGCCAUGUGAAACCCCCUCCUGCAAAGCCCAAAGACUCAAAAGCCGAUUCAAAAGCCAAGCCAAAGUCUGCGGCUACGAAAGUCACAGCAGCCGUUGCGAUCGUUGCGGCAUUGAGCUCCAUGGUCGCUCCGUCUCAUUUGGAACCCUUGAGUGGGCCGCUGACACCGGCGCAGGUCGACAUUUGGUGUCGUACGAAGCUGUGCAGGAACAGGGAUAUCACAGUUCCCUCUUUUCCGGAUUUGCCAAUGACUCUCAUGAAAAGUUGAAUUUCUCAACAGGUGGUGGUUUCAAGAAAUCGUCCAACACUAUGGGGUUUCAAGACCAAGAUGGGAUUUUAGGUGGGGAUGUCGAUGCCUUGUCUCCUCCAGAUCUUGCUGUGGAGCCGGUUGCAGUUCCUGAACGUUCAUCAGUUGAGCCAGCCGUUGAACCUAGCUUAGAUCCUGGAAUGCCAAGCGAUCCUGCAUCCGUGAAACAUGAGAUUUUAGCUCCUCCUCCAUUUGAUCACAAUUUGACUCAUUUUCCAAAAUUGUCCACAUGUGAUGUUUGCAAUAGAGCUAGACUUUUUAGCAAAAGGGUCAAAAGUAGGAGAGUGGUCAAUGAAGAACUUGAUCUUUCAGAGACAGAUGCUUUUGGACAACAGUUGGCAUGCGACCAUUUGACUGUCUUUAAGUCUUCGAGAGGUAAGGAGCAUGCAGUUUUGAUCGUUCAAGAUCGUUUCUCAAAGGUUUCGCAAGCUUGUCCAACCAUGUCAAGAGAAGCAUCCCAACUCGCAUCCAACCUCAAGCAUUUUGUCGGCCUGAAAUCAAACUCCUACACCAUUGUUCGAUCAGACGCUGCGGGAGAAAUCUUGAAAGCUGUUAUUGAAAACAAUUGGUUGCCGGAGUGUUCAGUUCCAGCACGUUUCCCUCACAUUUUGGAGCGUGAAAUGAGAACUUUUCAGGAGAUUGCCAGGUCAUUGUUUUUGCAAGCAGGUUUUGCUGCCAGGCCCCAGCUCUGGCCUCAAGCCUGCUCCUACGUUGCAGUGGCCAUGUCUGCAUUCUUAAAAGACAGUGAAGGGAAAACGCGUUGGGAACUUGCUUUUGGAAGGGAGUUUCGUGGACCUCACUAUUUGCUUGGUCAGUUGGGCUUUGUCAGAACAAAAGAUGCAGGAAAGUUCAAGUUCAGUCCAAUUGCAGAACCCGCUAUUUUUGUUGGAUGGCGAUUGGACUUUGGAAUGAGGUAUCGAGCUGAAGCUGCCUUGAAGGAACUUGAUGACCCUCGACUCACUGAACUUCACGACAUUGAUGCAGUGCCUGUUCCCUUUGUGGAUUCUGAAAUCAAACCCAAGACUCGUAGAGUUUAUGUGACUUUUGCCCGAAUGUUCAAAAUCGGUGCCACAAAAUUGUGCAAAGGUUGUGAGAAUGACAAACCGUCUCACAAUCAAGAACGCAUUGCGCGCUUUGAAGAAGCCUUUGGUCGUAAAGAAGUGGAUUGUUCUUUUGUUGAGCCCGAGGUUCCUGCAUCUUCAGAAGUUCCUGCAAUAGAGCCAAUGCACAUCAGUGGUGAAGUUUCUGGUGGUGGUUUUGCAGAAGACUUAGUGCCUGAAUGCCCGCCUCCAUCAGAUCCUGAUGAGCCAUAUGAAGCGGAGUCUCCAGUCAAGACUCCUCCUGAUGUCUCUUUUCACGAAUCCGAUGAUGAUGAAGCUGAUAAACCUCCUGCCACCGGCUUAAGUGCUGUAGCUAGUAUCGCCUGCGAUGCUGCAGCCUGUUUGCCACAGGGAGAAGUGCAGUCAAUGUUUCAGGGAUCUUUUGAUCAGGGGGGUCAGAUCGGCUGCCUUGGCGCCACGUCCACCCCUGAGAAGAGGGCUCCAAAACAUGGCAAGGGUAAGCACAAUCGUGUUGCCAAGGAUGAAUGUGGGGUGAGAGUCAUCCGGCUGUGUAAGGAGGACAUCAACUUGGAAGAUCCUUACAGCAUCGAGCAGCUUAUCGCUCAGGAGCAAGCGGAAAGCGCUGCUUUGGUAGAACAAUUUAUUCGGGUCUUGGCUGAAGCACGAGCGAAAGGUCAGAAGAUUCAUGUUGGCUUUGAAAUGCCAGAGCAGCCCAGCGGUUUUCACUUUCCAUCCAUGAGUCUUGCCCUCAGUGUUUACGUGGAUGACCUGACAUUGAGUGGACCACAAAAGAACCACACCAAGUUCUGGUCCACUUUGCAGAAGCAUGUUCAACUCGAGGAUCCCGCCGAGCUGUCAAAGGUGCUUGGAAGGAAUCAUGUCUCUUGUGAUCAGGGUCUUGCCCUUCACUCUGCAGAUUUUGCAAAGCAGUGUGUCGAACUCUAUGAACAAUUGUCCGGCAAGAAGGUCAAGCACUUUCGCACACCUCCCUUGGUCGAAACUGACGAUCAAUGUGUUGGACAGUUAUCAGCCUCUUCUGCAAAGCUUGUGAUGAAGCUUAUGUGGCUUGGUCGAAUCAGUCGUCCAGACAUCAUGGUUGCUAUUAAUACACUUGCCCGAAACAUCACUCGAUGGAGUGCCAAUGAUGACAAGCGUGCCGCUCGUUUAGUUGGCUACAUCGCUGCCGCAGUUGAUUACGCUCAUGUCAUGCGAAUCAACGACCCUCCAGCUAAGCUGUGGUUGUCGCUCUAUGUUGACAGUGACUUUGGUUCGAUGGGUAUCAGUGGUGUUUGCUGCCAGUGCAUCAGCUUAGAGAUCAAAGCAGUGAGGGAUGUCCGCGCUCAGUACCAGCUGCAGGCGUUUCAUGGUGAUGUCGAGGUGCUUCAGGAGAGCAUCUCUGAGCUUUGUGGAAGAGCUCUCAGCCGUUUCUGUGGCGAACUUGAAGGCACAAUGGCGGGUGAGCUGCUCCGGAUCAGUGUGAAUCAAAUAGGCCUUGAAUCUGCAGAAGCAUCGCUCAAGCGGGGCGAGGUUUUUGAUUUGGUCUAUCUCGUCCCAGAAUCAGUAGCUCUUUGGGAGAUGCUCCAGGUGCUGGAAAAUGAAGUUGAAAAAUCUGCGGAGGCUGUGCGAGCCGCGGGGGGAGAUGGAUUACUUCACUCCCCUGGCUUAGAGUUCGCAUUUUAUGGUACACCUGUAAAGCUGCUACUGGCGAAUAAUACGGAUGUAUCCGAGAUUUCACCAGAAACAAACAACAGCAGAGUGUCUGCUUUGAUCGCAAGGCUAGUAUCCAAAACUGUCCUGGAUGCUGUUCCAGACACUGACAUGUUUCACCGAUUGCUGAUGUGCGCGCGCCUUUGGGCAAAGCAGCGCGGCCUCUACGGCCAAUCGCACGACUUUGGCUAUAUUGGUGGAAUGGGUUGGGCGAUAUGCUGCGCACAUGUUUGCCAAACAACACCGCAAUCCAAAUCCCUCGAGCAGCUUUUUAUGGCCUUUUUUGACAUCAUGAGCCGGUGGGACGAAAGAUUUCCCCUUUCAUUGGGUCAAACACGCAGUAGUCAGGCCAAGGGUGCUCAGGAUGGUGCAUACAAGG